AUGGGGAAUGCUUCGCACAUUAGGAGACCAGUCGGACAGAUAUCUCAGGAACUGUUUCGCGGUGGAGGAGACCCCAGCGCUAACACAUCCUGGACAGCUCCUAUGAUCGCGCUGAAGAUCCGGCAGAGUCUCGAACAGCUGUCUGGCGACGAGUUCCACGUUAGAUACCGGUGGCUGCAAGAGGCACAGGCGUUUAAUGGGCUCCUAGACAUGGCGCCAGCAUUUGAUGCGGACACGCUGUAUGUGAAUAACUGGGCGAAGAGCCCGUUUCAGCAGGUCAGCUUUAGCUUUGAAUCGGCUCGGUUCUGGCAGCCUUUGAAGGUGGAGACGUUGCCUGUUAAGAACUUGGCCAGUUGCUAG